GAGCCUUGAUUUGAUCCACUAUUGAAAAUAAUAAUCAAUAAAAUUUGCAAAAUUGUGCUAAAAAGUUUAAAAGAAAGAAACGAUAGUGUUUUUUAGAAUUUUUAGCUCAAAUAUGGACGAUUUGUGCACAACGUGUCUGUGUUCUGGGCGAAGCCUGUUUUUCCUUGAAGAUACAGAAUACUAUCACAUGUAUUUACAGAUUUUAAAUGAAAUACAACCGGAAAUGCGGGUCCGCAUUUGCUGGGAGUGCCGUGCGGUGCUGCGUCGCUUCCAGCAGUUCAGGGGGCAGGCGCGCCGCUGCCAGCUGCUGCUGACUGAACAAGGCACUCCAAAAUAUGCACUGUGCCAACCGCCUCGGUUAAGUAUUCAUCAUGUAAACACCAUCAGUUAUCCGCUAGAUGUGAAGGCUGAGCCCACUGAUACAACCAAUGUGGAGAUUAUUGAUAACAUAAAGAUAGAAGUAGAUGACACUAUUGAACAUUGUGAACCAGAGACAUUUGUGAAUGACCUGGAUUUGAAGAAAACUGAGGAUCUCGAGAAGAGUGAGGAUUUAAAGAAGCCAGGCAAGAAAAAGAAGAAAAAGUUAAAAGGAAACAAAAAGAAGAAAAAGAAAUUAGAGGAACCAUUGUCAGAUGGAUUUAGCGACAGAGACUGUGAUUACAAAAUUGACAUUGUUGACCAUUUUGACGAUGCAGCUAACAAUGUUGAUAACUUCCACAAUGUGGGUGACAAUGUUGACAACAUUGAAAAUGGUGACAAUGUUGACAAAGUUGACAAACCUGGUGAGAAUGUGAUAGAAGCUAAAUGUAUGUGUUCUCAGUGUGGUCUAACCUUUGAUACCAGAAGAGAAAUGGACUUACAUGUUAAAAAGGAACAUUUAAAGGAGGAGGGUGUGACCGGGAAAGUUAGGACCCGGAGUAAAGAGGUUUUGGCAGAAAAACCCACGUGCGCGGAGUGUGGAAAGGUGUUUAGCUCUAGAAAGACCUACAGAUACCAUCUAAAUGUACUACACAAAGGACAGAACCGAUACCCGUGUCCGCGGUGCGGGAAGGUGUACCAGUGGAAGUCUAACCUCGGCCGCCAUCUUAGAACACAUAAGGCUCGAGACGACGGCGAGCUGUACUGCGCGCUGUGCGACAAACGGUUCGCGUCCGUCGCGACGUACCGACAACAUCUGCGCGUGUCGCGACGACACGUCUCCGAGAGCGAGUUCAGUUUCGUAUGCAACGACUGCGGUAAGAAGUUCGUAAACAAGACGCGGUUGAGAGACCACGUGGACUGGGAGCAUCUCAAGAAGAUCAAGUUCCGCUGCCAGCUCUGUAAUAAGCCCUUCAAAUGUCACACAUCGCUGUACGUGCACCUGCAAAAUGUCCACCGUAAUAAGGAGAAGAAAGAUAACUUGUGUCACGUCUGCGGGAAAUCUUACCAGAACGCAGCUAAAUUAAAGUACCAUAUAGUGGCGAUGCACACACGUGAGACGCCCUACCAGUGCGGGCAGUGCGGCGCGGCCUUCGGGUGGUACUCCAGUCUGUACCGACACAUCCGCGAGGUGCAUUAUAAGAUGAAAGUGCAACCAAAGAAGUCUAAGAAGGCAAAGAAGAUAGAAGAUAUGGACGUGACGCCGCCGCUGCCCGGCCCCGCUUAGACAUACAUACAGACAGACAAUUAACUUGGCAAAAUCAAGCCAAUUCUUCAUCACUUUGCGAUUCUUAGUAUUUCUAUGUCUAUGGUUUAAACAGACCUUCGUUUUUAAUAAUUAUUGAAAAAAUAUGAUGUAGUAAUUAUUUUUAGUUAUUAUUGUGAUAAAUAUAACAGGAGUUUUAUAAAAUAAAUAAAAUACUAAGCACAUUGACCCGCUAUUUCCUUUCUCUAUCGCACGCGCUUAAUUAUAUUGCAGUCUCGCUCGCACAGUGGCAUUGACCGCCCGCAUCAUGAGCGAGGCAGCAAUAUAAUUAAGCACGUGCGAUAGAGAUAGGAACAGGCAGGUCGAUGUACGGAAUUUUUCGUGCUUAGCGUCCUUACUUUAGUAAUAAUUUUAAUUUAAUAUUAUGAAUUGUGAUGAUUAUUUAUUGAUAUUCAUCAGACU